UCUUCCCUCUCGCUCACCUUCCAUUUUCUCUGAUAAAUCCGCACCGACCCAUUUUCUCUCUGCUCCAGAGAGUAACCGGCAACCCCGAAGCCGGUCAAUGCGUUGACUCGAUGUUCCCCAUAAACCCUAGCUCCACCUUCGUCCUCUCCAAGCCCUCCCCUCUCUUCGGCGCGCGCCCCUCCCUCGCCUGCCGCGCGGCCGGGGACGUCCCCGCCGGCCCGGCAUUCCCGAGGUGGCUCCAGUUCCCGGUGGCGUCCGCCGCGGACGCGGCGAGGGUGGGGCAGGACUUCGACGGCGGCGCGGUGGCGGAUGCCUCGGCGGCGGCGAGGCGAGGAGGCGGCGGCAACGGCGGGGUGAAGGCGCAUGCGAUGGAGAAGAAGUGGUCGCGGGACAGGGAGAGCUAUUUGACGGACGACGGCGACGCUCUCCCGCUCCCCAUGGCGUACCCGAAUUCGUCGCCUGUGACCCCCGAGGAAAUUGACAAGCGACUUCGCUGCGAUCCUGUAGUUGAGGACUGCAAGGAAGUGGUUUAUGAGUGGACUGGAAAAUGUCGAAGUUGCCAAGGUUCGGGGUUUGUCAGCUACUAUAACAAAAGAGGGAGGGAAACUAUCUGCAAAUGCAUACCCUGCCUUGGAAUUGGGUAUGUGCAGAAGAUAACAGCUCGCAAGGAUAUUGAAGUAAUGGAAGAUUUGGACAACGGAAAGCCAUUAGAAGAUGAUUCUUGUAAUACAGUAAUCUCAAGGUCCACUAUAGAGAGAAUUUUUGGAAUCCAUGCUUUAUACUUGACGUGGAUUGUUCUGCAAGUUGAGGAAUUGAUACCAAGGUUUAUGUACUGUUUCUUGAAAAGGGUUGAAAAUUUUGCAUCCUGGAAAAUGUCAACUUUCAGUUAUCUUGAUUUGCAGUACAACCUUUCCAAGAGGAAGAUCCUGCGAGGGCCAUCCCGGCUCCUCUCCCCACGGUCCAGACAGAACUCCGGCCUCUUGCCUACCUUCCAACCAAAUGUGGAGGAGAUGAAGCGCGUCUUCGACAAGUUCGACGCCAACAAGGAUGGCAAGAUCUCUCAGCAGGAGUACAAAGCGGUUCUCCGAGCACUUGGCAAGGAGAACCUGAUAGGGGAAGUCCCGCAGAUCUUCCGAGUGGCUGAUCUGGACGGAGAUGGGUUCAUUGAUUUCCAAGAGUUCAUGGAAGCGCAGAAGAAAGGAGGUGGGAUAAGGACGAGGGACAUCCAGAGCGCGUUUGGCACGUUCGAUCUCAACGGCGAUGGGAAAAUCACGGCCGAAGAGGUUUUGAAGGUCCUAGGGAGCCUCGGAGAGAGGUGCAGCCUCGAGGAUUGCCGGAGAAUGGUGAGAGCAGUCGAUCGGGAUGGGGAUGGCGCGGUGGACAUGGAUGAGUUCAUGACUAUGAUGACUCGGACGCUGAAAUCUAACUAAAAGGGAGAACAAGUACUUGUAUUGUAAUCCUUAUGCAAAUGUUUGCUCUGGGUGUCCUAGGCUCUAUAAAUUACUGCUACCGCUCUGUGGCAAUCGUUUCUACUCCUAGUAAUGUGAAAAUAAGACUCUUC